AUGGCUUCAGAGAGCCGUGAACAAAUGUCCAAUUCCGAGCUGGAAUCGUUCCGUCAGCAAUGGCUUUCCGAUUUGCAGUCGCGAAAAGAGAGCGUAAGCUCAGCAUCCCAUGAGGCCGGAGCUUCGUCUUCAUCUUCUGCCGCCGUCCCGCCUGUUGCUUCACGACAAAGAAAGCACACGGGCCCUUCAAGCCCGACCACCAAGAAGAUCCUGCCAGCCAUUGAAGAUGACGAAUACUACCUCCAUGGUCAGACGUUCGACACCCUUCCUCCGCCAUCAUCAGGAGGGCAUCUGCUCUCAGAUGCCCCAGGCAAGCAUGAUGAGAAGCCGCUGGUCUCGGCUCUGGAUCAUUAUGAAAAAGCCAUGGAGAAGGAGGCGCAGGGUAACAUGGGAGAAAGUCUGCGGCUUUAUAGACAAGCCUAUCGCCUAGACCAUCGAGUAGACAGGACAUAUCGGGAGAAGCACUUCCCAGGGGGUUUCUCUUCUACCAAGGGAACAAGCACAGGCGCAGGCGCCGGCACUACUUCGUCCGCGGGAGCAUCAAAGGCAUCACCAGAAGCAGCCAAAGCAGCAACCUUGAAGCCCCCCGAGGGAGAAACGCAGCCACUGACCUGGGACGAGCUUAUCGAGAGCUUUCGAGGCUUGAAGAUCGAAGCCGCGCCCCCCAUCAUCGAGAACACGCCGCCACCUCCGUGCCAUAUCGCCAAGCUUCCCGAUGAACUCCUCGUGCACAUUCUCACAGACGUCGCGGUGGCUGAUGUCGGUGAUUUUGCCCGCCUGAGUCUCGUAUGCAAGCACUUCGCCUACCUCGUGGCGACCGAGCAGCGCAUCUGGAAGCGCGUCUGCCUCGGCACCGAGUUUGGCUUCACCGCGAUGCCGCGCCACUGGCAAAAGACGGUCGAGUGGGGAGACCUCGAGGCCCAGGAAGAGGCAGACGAGGACGGCCUGCUGGUCAGCAUGCGGGAGCUCGAGGAGCGCCGCCGCGCCGACGCCCUCGCGCUCACGACGUCGCUCCUCGACUCCGGCGUAUACCCCUCGUGGAAGCACAUGUUCCGCACCCGCCCGCGCGUCCGCUUCAACGGCUGCUACAUCAGCACCGUCAACUACAUCCGCACCGGCCAGGCCACCAACCAGGCCGUCUGGGGCGGCGACCCCGUCCUCAUCGUCACCUACUACCGCUACCUGCGCUUCUUCCGCGACGGCACCGCCAUCAGCCUCCUCAGCACCACGGCCCCCGCCGAAGUCGUCCACCACCUCACCCCGGAGCUCCUCCGGCUGCACCGCGAAGCUCCCAACGCCCACCUGCCCUCCGCCAUGAUGCACCAGGCCCUCAAGGGCCGCUGGCGCCAGUCCUCCGCGCUCGAUCACCCGGACACCGCCGACCCGCGGGAGCAGGAGUCGGACCUGUACGUCGAGACGGAGGGCGUCGGCCCAAAGUACAUGUACCGCAUGGACCUCUCGCUGCGGAGCGCGGGCAAGGGCACUAGGAACAACAAGAUUGUCUGGAGGAGCUUCUGCAGCCACAACAAGCUGACGGGCGACUGGGCCGAGUUCCAGCUCAAGAACGACAAGCCCUUUUUCUUUAGCCGCGUCAAGAGCUACGGCGUGGGAGAAUCGUAG